AGUUUAUUACAUAAAAGAAUACAAAUCUAGAAAAGCUAUGUCUACGAAACCCUUAUGGUAUAGAUGGGCCAGAGUGUACUUCGCUGGAGGUUCUAUUAUCGGUACAGGAGUUUUGUUAUAUAUAUAUACUACACCAACCGAUGAACAGUUGAUUGCCAGCUUUUCACCUGAGAUCAGAGCCGAUUAUGAAAUGAACAAAGAACUUAGAAGACGAGAAAAUCAAGAGUUUUUGAAGAUUAUUAAGGAGACUUCUUCAUCCAAUGAUCCAAUUUGGAAAACUGGACCUAUUGGAUCACCAUUAGAAAGAUCACAAAGAAAUGCCAAUGAAAGAUUGAUUGAUUAUGAUCAGUUCCGUAAGGAAGAAGCCGAUAAGUUCAAACAAAAUGAAAUAGAACAAGCCAAUUUGCAAUUGAUAGAAACUGAGAAAUUAAAACAAAAGCAAUCCUCGGGCUGGUUCAACUGGUUGGGUAAGAAAUAGAUUUAAGUCAGUGGUGAUUACUUGUAAAUAUGUAUAUUAUAUUAUCAUUAAAUAGAUUAAUUCAAUAAAAUUAAAUUAAGUUAU